GACGGCUGUGGAACAUACCAUUUACAACAACUCUACCUCUACACCAGCCAGGAGGAAGCCAUGCUGAGCACUAGAUCCCUUAUGGCUACACUGCUGGUUCUGGUGCCAGUCACAGGGUCUCCUGUUCUGGGCCAUCUGCUUGUCCUUUGGGAAGUGUGGCCAGGACAUGUACUAGAGUAUCAACAAGUAUCAGUACCAGUGGCAAAAAAUUGUUCAUGCAAAACAUCAGGAAAUGUGAUCUUAGACCAGUCAACGCAGAAAAGGGGAAUCAGAAAUUACAGUGGCUUCAGAACAAAUUUGAAAACAUCUAGGAAGAAUGCUUACAGGAACUAUCAGCAUAAAAUCUUGCUAAAAUAUGUAAUAUUAUAUAAAAGAAAUCCAUAUCCAAUUACGGAUGGAAGCAUAAGUGUACACAUUUCAAGAAAACAUCUAGGAAGAAGUGAACUAAUUCUGAGAAGAAAAAGUUAUUUAAGACACAUACUCAGGAAUAUUCUGAACAGAAAAUGUGAUGGUUAUGAAGUAAAAGUGAAUUGGCACAGUAUUUUGAAUGGUGCUAGAAAGAAAUCUGAAACUAAAAGAAAGGAGCAAUUGCAAAUCACAUACUUUGAAAAUAGGCACAAACCCAUAAGAGCCGGGUCACUAUUGGUUUAUAUAGCAUGUCAAACAAAUAUGAUGUUAAAUGUUGAAGAAGCAUAUUUCCAAAAAGAUCAGGAAGGUUUAGAAAGUAUUAGUAAAGUAUUAGUAAAACCACAGAUACCAAGAGGAAAAGUGCUUACUGAAGCUGAGGUACUACAAAAGAAAAAAUCUAAGAAUAACAGUAAUAGAAUAUUCACUUCUGUCAAAGAAAGGGUCUUUUCUAAAGAGAACCCAAAUAUUUACAAUAAAGAACAAUUCAGAAUGACUGAUGGGAAGAAAGUAUUAAAUGUAGAAUGGAGCAACCCAUAUAUGGGAUUUAAAAAGUAUGGUCAGUUCUCUAAAAGUUUUCAGCGGGGGACAAGCUUUCCUAUCAGAGAAAAUAUCAAGUUGCAAAAAUGGAAAACAAGAACUAAAAAUUAUAUGAAUGCAAAUGAGAAGUUUCCGUUUAUACAUGCAUUUACUUACCAAAGAAGUAGUGCCAGCAAACAGAAAAUAUUAUCAGCACAUGAACCUGUAAUGCCCAACAUUCAACAAAUAAAGGAGUCUGCAUUUCAAAUAAAAAUGUACAGAAGCAAAAAAUUAAUGAAAUUAGCCAAGUGGCUCAGAGCUAAAGAAAAUAAAUCUGGGGGAAAUGGAAUAGAAGUUUUAUCAACAAUUUACUAUGUGCAGCCUUCCUUAAUAAGUCCUACCUUCCCAGCCAUUAAAACUGCUGUGGGUGUGAAGAAUGAAGUGUUUACUUCAGAAAUGGAUGAAGCAAAGGCAUCAAUCUACAUGACAAAAAUGCUGAAAUAUCUCAUGCAACCCUCAAAGAGAAUAAAAAAGAAAUACUUGAGUGUUGCUCAUAAGGGAUUUAGAAUUUCGCCUCUAAAAGCACUCAUGGUAAGAAAGCAUCUUGAUACGGAAGAGAGUUUACCAAUCUUGUUAUAUCUCUUUAAACACAUUUUUAAAGGUCCAUCGGUUGUUGGAAGAACGAAACGAUCAGCAAAAGCAGAAACGGUACCAAUAUCUGUAGAUGUUUUGACGCAUGUAACGUCUGCCCUUAUAGCAUGUGCUACUAUUUUUGGACUAGCUCUGUUUACUUUGGCAUUAGCAGCAGGUUACCUGUACUAUAAUAGAAGGCAAUUUGUUCCAUUUCUUGAAGCUGGUUUGAAAGGCGAAGAAUGCAAAAAGGAAUGGAAACACACUGCUUCUCAGUGUUGUCCGCCUAUUUCUCUUUCACAGAAUUUUCAUUUUGGACAACCACAGGAAUCAAGGAAAAAUCAAAUAUUGGCAACAGCUACUAAAACAUGCUCCAAAGAGGAAUUUGUUAUUAUGAAGGAAAUAUAUGGCAGCUCUGAUACAGAAGGCAGUUCAGAAAUAUCAUGUAGAGGUUUGACUAUAAGAUCCAGAGCGAUUGUGCUUCCGUCUCGGUCCAGUGACAGCAUACAAUCAUUAUUUGAUGUACGUGAUGAGGUCUCUUCCCAACAGUCCGUGACCAUGGAUAAUGGUUCCAGCACUGUCCCCCCCAAAAACGACCUGGUUCCUGUUCCACAACAGCCAGAUAAUCAAGAGAAGAGUACCUCUAAUGAUGUGUCAUCACAACUGAAGAAAACAACUAUUUCAAAAUCAAAAUCCGACAAUGAUCUCACAAUAUCUAGUAAAGCAUUGCAAGGAGUCCAGCCAGACCAUUGUUUAUAUGAUGUUAAAGAACCAAGUACCUCAAAGGAUGUGACACUAAAGAAACCAACCAUCUCAGAGCCAAAACCUGACAGUGCUAUCACAGAGCCUACCAAAGCAUCACAAACAGGCCAGACACAGGCAGUUCUGAAGUCAGAACCUGAUAGUGCUACCACAGAGCCUUCCUCUACUGAAGCAUCACAAACAGGCCAGACACAGGCAAUUCUGAAGUCAGAACCUGAUAGUGCUACCACAGGGCCUUCUACCGAAGCAUCACAAACAGGCCAGACACAGGCAAUUCUGAAGUCAGAACCUGACAAUGCUAUCACAGGGCCUUUAUCAACUGAAGCAUCACAAACAGGCCAGCCACAGCCAAUUCUGAAGUCAGAACCUGGCAAUGCUACCACAGAGCCUUCCUCUACUGAAGCAUCACAAACAGGCCAGACACAGGCAAUUCUGAAGCCAGAACCUGACAAUGCUAUCACAGGGCCUUUAUCAACUGAAGUAUCACAAGCAGGUCAGACACAGGCAAUUUCUAACACAGGACUUGACAAUGCUGUCAUAGGGAUUUUCUCCACUACAGUAUCACAAGUAGACCAGGCACUGGCAAUUUCAAUGUCAGAAACUGACAGUGGUGUCAUUGGGCUUUACUCUACAACAGUAUCACAAGUAGACCAAGCAUUGAUAAUUUCGAAGCCAGUACUUGACAAUGCUAUCACAGGGCCCUUCUCCACUGAAAUAUCACAAUCAGACCAGACGCAGAAUAUUUUAAAGUCAGAACCUGACAAUGCUAUCAUACCACCUUCUUCUACGACAGUAUCACAAGUGGACCAGCCAUUGACCAAGAUUUCUACAGUGCAAAAUCCAUGAUCGGUAUUUUACAUCUUGGUGAAUAAUUUUAACUCUUCUCACAAAUGUUGAUGGUUCUGUUUCCCACUAAACAAAUUCUUUGAAUAUGCUUACAUGAAACAUGGAGAAAUUACAAUCUGAGUUUUGUGACGAAAAAGCCGUUGAAUAGUAGUAAUGUGUCUUACGAUUUUUUUAAAAAAAUGUAUACGUACUGGGCAACAUAAAUUCUGAAUUAUUUUUCA